CAGUUGUGCAUCAAAUAUUCAAAAAAAUGUCCUUAUUUAGUGCUAUAAUUAGAUCAGCUAAUCAAGAUGGAUCAUUCAUAUUAAUGACUAAAGAACAGCAAAAGUACCUUGAAUUACUUCUUUAUGAAUGGGUUAUUUUGGAGUCUCAAACUUUACAAAUGCUUGAAUUCUCUUUAUUCUGA